CCACCAGAUUAUUCGUGGUUAUUGUUAUAAAUUACACGUGAAUACAAUACACAAAGGCCCCGUACUAUUGUCAUACUAAUAUUAGUAUGUUCGUCAUUAAUCCUUUAGCCAGCUGCUUUAGUUAACGUUAGCUAGCUAGCUAGCUAACAGUUAACAUUAACCGGACAUCUUUUGUGUCGCGUUAGCUUUACACUGGCUAGCUUGACAGUAGCUAUCCUGUCGAUAGGGAAGUUUAUCAUUACGUUUCUGGACCAAAUCCUAAAUUCUUUGACUUGGGGGCAGCUGGAGAAGUUGAAGCACAGCAGAGACUACAAAGCAGCUGUAUACCUAUUGACACUGUGUGGGGAGGAUGUCUUCGCUACAUACAUACUACAACCACGACAGUGUUACUCGCUUCAAGAAAAGAAAAGCACGUUUCUCUUUCAGUGAAGUCCACAUACUGUUGGAUGAAGUAAGGAAGCAUCGUAUGGUUAUUGUGGGCAAAUUCAAUCGUGGUGUGGCAACAGACAUAAAGAAACGCACAUGGGCAGAGAUUACUGCACGUGUCAAUGAGAUCGGGGAGUGCCAACGUGAGGUCAUCGAAGUCAUCAAGAAGUGGUCGGAUUUAAAGUGUGACACCAAGCGGAAGGUGGCUGCCAUGCGGUCAGGAACAGUGCCCAACAGGGGCCUCAACUCUCGUCUCUCCCGAGACCUUAAUCAGACUGAGAAAAUAGUGCUCCAGAUUCUGGAGAUGGGCGACGAAGACCAGAGCACGGGGGACUUUGGCCAACUGGGAGAUGACGAUGAUGUGCCCGAGGAGGAAGAAGAAAUGGAAGAGGAGGAUAUGAUUGGAAUGCAGAGUUCUCCUAAUGGGGGGUUGGACAUGGGGUCUAUGCCCCCACCAACCUCCUACACCGUGAGGGACUCUUCACAAACUGUCUUUGAUGUGCAGUAUGAAAUACCUGCAACGGAAGAUGCUGAAGCUGCAUUUGGAGACUCGGACGAUGACCAAAGAGAUGACAUGCCUCCUUCCACUCCGACCGCAAAACCAACAGAGGAUCACCAAGGAAACAACGGCAUCCAGAAACAAGGACAACCUCAGACGUCCUCCGGACCGUCAACAGCCACGCUUCCAAUGCCAGGUCAGCCCUCGCAGAACACGAGAGACAGCAUGCUACAUAACGCAUCGCUGAGCCUUCAAGAACAGCACGCCACCAACAUCCUGUUGGAGACGGUUUCACGCUCCCUAGAGCUCCUGUCUGAGUCGGUACAGCAGCUGGCAGAGACCCAGCAGGAGUUUGUACGCGAGUCGCUGCAGCUCCAGCGGGAGACGGUGCAGGUUCUCAGAGACUUCACAGGUGGAGCCAUUGCGCUUAUGCAUGACAAACUGAAUGGACGGCCAGCAUUAUAGCAACAAAGUGUCACACAGAGAUGUCGUUAAGUUGCGUCACUGACAUGCAUACAUACAUGGCCUUCAGGUGCUGGAACCUUUAAGUUCCUCUGGACUCCACCGCAGGUUACUGUACUUUUUGAUAGUACUCAACAGAUUUUCUGUUAUAUUUUAAACCUGUAUUGUAGAAACGUUGUAUACAUGGAAUUGCUGUCUGUGAGGUUACAUGAAAAUGGAUGGAGAAAAUAACCAAUGUUAGCCACAAAGAAAGAACAUUUGGAGUUUGUUUUGUUUUGCUACUGAAAGUGAGACUCCUAUCACUUACGUUGUAAAGCCUUUUUUAUUAAGCAUACACCACAUUUAAAGCCUUUCCAUUCUUUUAAUGUUGAUGCAAAGAACCAGUCUUUGAUUUUGAAAAGUCAGUCAAAUCCGUUUGUGUGUCCUUGUAUAAGUUGUAGUUGCAUCAGUGUCUGGAGAUUAUCACGUGUACUGUAAUAAUGAGUGGAUUUCCACACCUGACCAUUAUAUGGUCUAUAUGUCUGGAAGUUAAACAAGGUGUGUUAGAUUAUUUUGAAAAUACCCGUAACUCAAUAAGUUGUGAUUGCCUGAUUUUGUUUUUUACAUUGCAAACAUGAACACUUGAAUAUAAGUUUCAAUAAUUUCUCUUAAAUAUGAAAUAAACCCCUCAUGUAUGUAAC